AUGUCGACGCUUUCGGGGGCGCCACCCGCGCAGCGGGCCCGAGUGCCGUGGAUGCACUCGAAGCCCAGUGCAAACCAGAGGAAGCAGUACAAGAGGGAGUUCCAGCAGGAGCAGCGCAUGAUCAACCGCGAGGCUUUCGUGAACGCCAGGGAGACCAAGGAGAAACUGUGGGCGGAGGCAUCGGCGGCCGCCUGGCCACCAGCGCGGGAAAGCUCCUGCCAGGAGGCCCAGCCCAGGAAGAGGCCGCCGCAGGUGGGGAUGAUGGCAUCGCCGUCAGCGGCCAGCAAGACAAAGAACCACGUCGCCAAGUGGAAGUAUGGCCACUGCGGCUUCGUCAGCUUCGGCUUCAGGGGCUACUGCAUGAGGUGCGCGGGUCUCCCGCCCACUGGCAUUCAGCAGCAGCAAGCGGAGCUGAGGCAGGAGGUGACCUGCUCGGAGCAGCCGAACCAGCACCAGCAGGAUGACGACCAGGUGAAGGAAAACAUCCAGGUGGACUGGGACCCGUACCUGAUCGAGGAGGAGAUGCUGGAGGAGGCUCUCGCACCGGCGCGAAAGAGGAAUCGAUGGUCAUCGAGGCUGGCGGCCAACAAGGAGGCGAUCGUGGAGGCGCUCCUGGCGGAGGUGGAUGCGGAGAUCCGCCGCUGA